AUGGAAAACAUUUCUGAUGAUUGUAUGGAUAUUGAUGAAGAGUUGCUUGGUAACCCGUACCUCGGUGAGCCCACUACAUGCUCAUGUAAAAAUACUUGUCAGCGAGGGCGGCUGGGGACACGAGGGGCUUGCCCUUGCAAGUGUGCCGAGCAACACUGCACCGAUGCAUGUACCUGUGGCACCAAGAAGCGGCCAUGCUGCAACAGAAAUCUUGAUUCAGAGUCCGACACCGACAGUGAUGUGGAAGACGAAAACUUAAAACGUAGUCGAGAUGGUCAGCCCAACACAGCUCCUACACAUUCUGUGGAUGAUGAAAUCAAGGUGACUAUUUCAAUAUUGAGCUCAACCCUCUGCAAGCUCAGGAUCAGCAAGCCGCACACCACCACGGCAAAAACCAGCCACCUCACCACCAGUUCACCCCCAUACGCCCAUCCCUCCAUCACCAUCCUUAGGACCAGGAAGCCCACCUCCACCCAGUCCGCCACCGCCCAGCCCGCCACCGCCCAGCCCACCACCGCCCAGCCCACCACCGCCCAGCCCUCGAAAUAA